AUGCUUUCACGUUCUAUUUUAGCUCACAAUUCUGUCGUUACCAGAUCAUUGGCUCGUUCUUUAGCCUCAUCGGUCAAGAUCUCUCCAAAUCAACUAUUAGUUUCACAACAUGUGAAGGAUGUUGAUCCAGAGAUAUUUGAGAUUUUGAACAAAGAAAAGAAUCGACAGAAGCAUUCUAUUACUUUGAUUCCAUCGGAAAAUUUCACUUCCAAAUCCGUUAUGGAUUUACUUGGGUCUGAAAUGCAAAAUAAAUAUUCUGAAGGUUAUCCUGGUCAAAGAUAUUAUGGUGGUAAUUCAUUCAUUGAUGAAUCUGAAUCAUUGUGUCAAAAGCGUGCCCUAGACUUGUAUGAUUUAGACCCAGAAAAAUGGGGGGUUAACGUUCAAUCCUUAAGUGGUGCCCCUGCUAAUUUAUACGCAUAUUCUGCUAUCUUAAACAUUGGUGAUAGAUUGAUGGGUCUUUAUUUACCAGAUGGUGGUCAUUUAUCCCAUGGUUAUCAAUUGAAUAAUGGGACUCAUAUCUCAUACAUUUCCAAGUAUUUCCAAACCAUGCCUUAUCAUGUUAAUGCUGAAACUGGGUUGAUUGAUUACGAUAUGUUGGAGAAGACUUCGAAAUUAUUUAGACCUAAGGUUAUUGUAGCUGGUACUUCUGCUUAUGCCAGAACUUUAGAUUAUAAAAGGUUCAAAGAUAUUACAAGUUCUAUCAACGCAUAUUUAUUAUCUGAUAUGUCUCAUAUUUCAGGUUUGGUGGCUGCUAAAGUUUUGGAAUCUCCAUUUGAAUAUUCUGAUAUUGUGACCACCACUACACAUAAAUCCUUAAGAGGCCCAAGAGGUGCAAUGAUCUUUUAUAGAAAAGGUAAGCGUAUUUUGAAUCCAAAAUCUAAAAAGCCUAAAGAAGUCGAUUAUGACUUGGAUUUUACAUUGAAUUUCUCUGUUUUCCCAGGUCAUCAAGGUGGUCCACAUAAUCAUACAAUCUCUGCUAUGGCAGUUGCAUUAAAACAAGCCAAAUCAAAAGAAUUUAUUGAUUAUCAAUUCCAAAUAGUGGAAAACUCAAAGCAUUUUGCUAAAUGUUUAAUGGAUAAGGGUUAUAAUUUAGUUUCUAAUGGUACUGAUACUCAUCUGAUUUUGAUCGAUUUAUCCAAAACAGGAAUUGAUGGUGCUAGAUUAGAAACCAUCUUGGAUAAGAUUAAUAUUGCCGCCAAUAAGAAUACUAUUCCAGGUGACAAGUCUGCCUUAUUCCCAUCAGGUUUAAGAGUUGGUACUCCAGCCAUGACAACUAGAGGAUUUGGUUUACAAGAAUUUGAAAAAGUUGCUGAAUAUAUUGAUAGAGCUGCUAUCUUGGCAAAGCAAUUAAUGGUUCAAGAAAAGGAAACCAAAUUGAAAAAAGAUAGAUUGGCUGAUUUCAAAAGGAUUUGUUCAGAAUCAACUGAAGUUAAAGAGUUAGCCAAAGAAGUUUCCGAUUGGGUUGGAACUUACCCAGUUCCUGGUGAGAUGUAA